AAACGGAGUACGGCAGAACUGAACAGUCAGUCUUAUUAUUUGUUCUCCAGUUUGAAAUAUUUACGUCGUUUAAAAUACAUCUUUGAUUUUUUAUUCAAGGAUAAAGUCGUCUCGAUGCGCUAGAAGCACUGUGCCGCUUCUCCUGCUAUCUUUGCUCGUUAGUUAGCUUAGCUCGCUAGUUAGCUUAGCUCGUUAGCUGCUAACAGAAGUUAUCAACACAUCGCUAAGUAGAGAUCAAGUGUGAGACUAAAGUGUUGUGAUUGUGUGAAAAUGUCUACAUUACACAUGUUGAGAGCGUUGGUGGAUCAGCGACUAACUGCUGCCGCUGAAGAAAUAUUUGUAGUGUUAAAAAGAACGAUAGCAGAAUACGAGGCGGAACUUUCUAGAACAAAAGAAGAGAAUAAUCAACUACUGGACGCCGUUUUCAAGAAACAUCAAGUUGUGUUACACAGAACAGAUGUCGACGAUGAACGUCUUCUCCGUGAGCAGGAGGAAGGACCACCACCCUUCUGCAUAAAAGAGGAAGAAGGGGUACCACAGCCCCCAAACAUUAAAACUGAAGAGGGGGUACCACAGCCCCCAAACAUUAAAACCGAAGAGGGGGUACCACCGCCCCCAAACAUUAAAACUGAAGAGGAGGUACCACAUACCCAAUACGUUAAAUAUGAAGAGGAGGAACACAGCAUCAGUCAGGAGGGAGAUCAUAUUGAAGGACUGGAGGAGUUCCCAGUGACUGGUGUCCCUGUGACGAGUAAAGAAGAUGAAAGUGAGGAGAAGAGAGAGGCGGAGCCUCCAAGCAGCAGCUCAACACAACACAUGACAACAGAAGCUGAUGGAGACCACUGUGGAGGAUCACAAGCAGACAAGAUCUUAGCUCCACUUUCAGAUAGUGAGGACACAACGUCACACUCUCCUGACACUGAUGAUGAAGACUCUGACACUGAUGAUGAAGACUCUGACACUGAUGAUGAAGACUCUGAAGAUGAUAAGACGUGGGACCCUGACAACACUCACUUCAAAUGUUUUCACUGUCACAAAACCUUUGCCCUCAAAUCGUCUCUAAAUAGACACAUGAAAAAUCACACUGGAGAGAAACCAUUUCCGUGCUCGGCGUGCAAUCAAGUAUUCAGCAUCAAAGCAGACCUGAUAAAACACGCGAGAACACACGCUCAAGAGAAACCUUGUUCUUGUUCAGUGUGCGGCGAAUCUUUCACAGGGAGCGAAAGUUUGAAAAGACACAUGAUAAGACACCCUGGAGUGAAACUAUGUUUCUGUUCGGUGUGCGGGGCAAGUUUUAAUAAAAAGGACAGUUUGAAUAAACAUAUGAAAACACACACGGGAGAAAAACCUUUCCCCUGCGCAACCUGUGGCGUAUGUUUUUCAAGGAAGGACAGUUUGAGAGAGCACACGAGAAAACACACCGGAGAAAAACCUUAUUCCUGCUCAACCUGUGGUUUGUGCUUUUCCAGGAGGGACCGGUUGAUAGAGCACACAAGAACGCACACCGGAGAAAGACCCUUUUCCUGUUCUGUGUGUGAUUCCAAUUUUGGCCGAAGUGAUUAUUUGAAAAUCCACAUGAGAACGCACACCGGAGAAAAACCCUUCUGCUGUACAACCUGCGGUUUAAGUUUUACGAGGAAGAGCCGUUUGAAUUAUCACACGAGAAUACACACCGGGGGGAAAGUGCUGAGUUGCAGUGUGUGUGAUAAAAAAUUCUUCCAUGAGGACCAACUCAACAAACACAAGUGUGUUGCUGAGAACAGCAGCAGUAAAAUAGAAACGCGCUCCGCAGACCUCCGCCAGGAUCCGGAUGUUGAUCAGGACCAACACCGAAAUGUAAUCACUUGUUCCUUAUCCCAUUUCUGACAUGUCCUGAAAGUUGCACUGACUUUUGUUUUACUUUGUUAUGAUGCAAACUACCUGCCGGACUAUCAAACAGUUACUUUUAGUUACUUUUCAAUUACUUCAACGGCAAACGUGAAAAUAUGUUUUUUUAGUUACACAUCCUGGAAAACAACAUCCACACAACAGUUUAUAUUUAUUAGACUUACACUUCCUUUUUAUUGUCAUUCAAAUGUGAACUUUACAGUACAGAAAAGAGUGAAAUGUUGUUGGUUCUGCCUUCAAAAGCCUGCACAACCUGCUACUCCGGGCCGGAACGUAGUCUUCUGUUCGAGCGCACUACCCCUUCGUUCCCGAGUUUCGAGCUGUGCGCCUCGUCUCACCCCGCGUUUCCUCUGCUUCCCUGACUGCCUCUCGGAUCUGGACCUCCCGCUUGGACACGGACCUUCUUCGCCUCGCUAUAGCGCCCCUGCUCACGGACCUCCGAGCUCUGCCUUGUUCCUCCUGAUUUUCCGCCUCUCGCUCAACACCACCGGUCACACACAACAGCUAAUCUCCACACAUAGUCACACACCAUACACACUUUGGGUCUAGUCACACUCCAUUCUCUCGUUUAUUUAGAUUAUUGCUUGUUAUAUACGUAUAUAGUGUGUAUAUAUAUAAUACAUCAUAGAGUUAAAUACUGCACCCCCUUGUGGUCUGUGCCGUCUACUCCCCCCGUACACAACACUUUUGUACGAUAGACAUUUUUGUUUGUACUAGCAAUUUUGUAUCGUUUGCAUGUGACCUUGUAGAAUAAGAUAUCUGUUUUUCAUGAAUAAUGCUCUGAAUCUUUUUGAGACGGUUAACAAAAAACAAGUCUAUUUUUUUAAUUGGUCAAUUGAUUGGCAAUCAGGGCACACCUGUUCCAAGUUGCCAGUCAGGCUUCUUUUUAUGCCUUUUGUCAGUGCUGGAUCAUUGCUUGCCCUUGCUUAGUGAUCGUUGUUUCGCUUGUGCUUGUAAUGGCAAGGUUCCUGUGCACUUCCCAGCUGCACUAUUUCGACCUUGUUUUUGAGUAUUGACUUUAUUGACGUAAAGUAAAGCGAACCACCGAACGUGACAAUAACAAUGUACGGUGUUAACCUUGGAGACUGGACUUCUACGGUAUCUCCCUCCAGCUGCUUCUUUGUCAAACACACCAUCAGCAGCUUGUACAUACUUUCAUGGAUACCUGUUUGCCUUUUAGACGGGUUUUUUUGACAUUAUCUGCUAUAUCAGGACAAGAAAACUUGUAAUGUUGUGUUCGUAAGUCUUGAGUAAGAUGAUAAAAGUGAUAUUGGACAAUCAGACACUAUGUUAUUAUGCUAAUAGGCCAUGUUAUUCUUAAAUGAUCUAUUAAAUUAAUUUCAUGGCAAGUAUAUAAACAUACAUAUGUGUACAUAUAUAUGUAUAUUUAUAAACAAUAAGUAUCACUGUUGGCGUUAACGCAUUUUUUUAUGUAUUUUUACGAAUUGAAAUAAAAAAGGAUUCACAUUUCCGGAUUUACUGACUUCUUUUUGUUUUUAGCUCCGCUAUCAGAUAGUGAGAACACAACGUCACACUCUCCUGACACUGAUGAUGAAGACUCUGAAGAUGAUAAGACAUGUCACACUGACAACACUCACUUCAUGACAAAACCUUUAAAUACCGUAGUGAUCUGAA